AACCGAAGUCGCAGGCCUAGAAGAAACCACUCUCUUUGCAGAAACAAGACCAACUUACUCUUUAAUUCUCCUCUCCAUCAGCUAACUAACAAGAAGCAGAAGGUUUUGUGGGAUCUAAUGGCGAAGAUCAAGCCGCAAGCUCUAUUGCAGCAAAGCAAGAAGAAGAAAGGACCUUCUCCUAUUAGCAUAACCAGCAUCGUGAUUUACACCUUGGCCCUGCUUUUGGUCGUCUUCGUCCUCUUCUCCGCCUACAGACGUUGGACCCUCAGAUCUGAGAUCCCAACCCACAAUGGUAGAUCACUUCUUCAGGAUUCAGCAAAGACCACUAAUGUCCCAUGGUUUGCUACCUUAGAUACGGGCAAAGGUUCAGUGACCAUUGAACUGUUCAAAGAUGCUGCUCCCAACGUUGUUGACGAAUUCAUCAACUUAUGUCAAGAUGGGUAUUUCAAAGGUUUCUUAUUCAGCAGAGUUGUAAAGCAUUCUGUCAUUCAAGCUGGUCACUCUGCUGAGUCCGAUGCUGUCACAGAUUGGGCUCUCCAAAAGAAUAACCUUCAUACCAGUUUAAAACAAGAAGAAUUCAUGGUGGGAACUCCUAAAGCUAAAAACGAGGAAGGAGGGUUUCAGUUUUUCAUUGUAUCUUCUCAGAUCACAGAUCUGAACGAGAAGUUGACAGUUUUUGGUCGUGUUGCAAAGGGACAAGAUGUGGUUCAGGAGAUCGAGGAGGUUGAGACAGAUGAACAUUAUCAACCAAAAGCACCGAUAGAGAUCAUGUCCGUCACUUUGCUUCAAGACAUGUGAAAGCUUUAUUACUUCUUGUAUUGAAAAAAAUAUCUUGAUGUAUUAAUGCUUUGUAACUUGAAUUCUUUUUUUUCAUCACCUCAUUUGCAACUUUGUGGUAACACAACUUUUAAUUUUAUAUCUCCUGCA